UAACGCAAUAACGCAAUAGCGUAAUAAAAUUAUUAUAAAGCAGUACCGUGCUGCCUCCUAUCUUAUCUCUCUUUUUAAUCCUUCACUUAUUCGUAUGAUAAAUCUCCCUCGUCCUCUUUCAUCUACAAGUUUUUUGCAAAGCCAUGUAGAGGUACAGUUUUUAGUAUACAGUGUAGGGUCCAGCAUUCUGUCAACAUGGCUGGAGAUAAAAUUUGUUGUGCUAGUUACGUCGAGAAUGGUGAAAACAUGACGGAUAAGGAUGACUUGAAUGUAAGCUCAGACUUGGAGGACGAAGCUAAAGAAAGUCCCGAAUUUGUUAUUUGCCCGGAAUUUGAAUUCUCGACCAAUGCCUGCUAUGUUUGUAAUGGUUAUUACGGACCCUGUUUUGGAGAGCCUGUUUGUUCAACUUGUCAUGCAUUUUUAUUUCCCGAUGAUGUUGGAAUCCUUCAGGCACCUAUAUUUAGCGAAAAAACAGACGACGAAGACUCUGGAAAUGACGAACCUGUAGACUUAUAUUAUAAUACAGAGCGCAGAGCGAGUCAAACGGAUCAAAAUUCUUCGCAAGAGUCUACUCCUAUAGUUGCCAGUCCAUCGGAUUCACCGGAUCAUAAUCGUGCUCUAUUUUUUCAGCAGUAUAAUUUUGUCCCUGCUAGAUGCAACGAUCCGCACGUUAGUAACGAGGACGACAUCGAUCGUUUGGAACACAAUGAUAGUCCAGAGCAUCGUAAUCGCGAUCCCAAUGAAUUGCAUUUAGAUUUAGAUAAUUUGCAGAUUCGACAGGAUGUCGAAAAUUAUCUACAACACGAUGUUCUCGAGGAAGAUUUUCAAAGCUCCGAGGAAGAUUCUGUACCGGGCGAAGAGCCCGAAUUGGAUAAUCACGAGUAUCCUGGAAUAUUUCAACCGGAGAGCAAUAACGUAUCCUGUGCGGAGAAAGGUGAACCAUCUAGACCAUGGAAUUUAUCAAAGAGACUUGACUUGUUAACAAAUUAUAAACACAUCGAGCACAAGUUAAUUACUGAAUCGGGCCUUGUAGAAAGAUUACCACCCGAGGUUCUUUUAGCAGUAUUUUCACAUUUAGACGAUGUUAGUCUUUGGUGCGCAGCAAAUGUAUGCCGAAGAUGGUGUAAUUUGUUAUCUACUCACAUAACCCCCGAAUUAUCGCAGCGACAUGUUAAAUUAAGAUGGCCUUUAUUUAAACCAGCUGGUGGAAAUGUAAGGAAUUGGUAUAAGAUUUAUGAUAAACUUGCCUCUUCGGCUCCAUGUAAAACUUGUUUAUCUCAAAUUUCUCUGCACCGUACUAAACCACUUAGAGUCGAAGAAAAUUCUUGGAGACGAAACAGAUUGCGCAUGGAGUUGAAAGCUCUCAGAAGCGAUCCACCCGAGGGAAUAGAAGCAUCGCCUCUCGAUCAAAUGUGCUGCCAUUGGCAAGCAACCAUAACUGGACCGACCGGCAGUCCGUACGAAGGGGGCCUCUUUUAUCUUUAUCUUCAAGUUCCGUAUAGUUAUCCCAUGAGACCACCCAUAGUAAGGUUUCUAACAAAAAUACUACAUCCAAAUGUAUCUAGACAUGGAGAUGUUGGAAUCGAUUCCAUACACCAUAAUUGGUCAUUGGCAUUGACAAUAUCUAAAGUUCUCAUUAGUGUACAAAGUUUACUUACAGAUCCUUAUUGUCAGGUGUGCAUGGAACCCGAAUUAGGUGAAAUGUAUGUGAAUAAUAGAACAAGGUUUGAAGAAGUAGCUCGAGCGUGGACAUGGAAAUAUGCUAUGCAUAAUAUUGUCGAGCCCUCCUAGUUUUGAUAUAUGUAUAUGCAAAAUUAAAAAUUGUGAUGCGUACGAACGGUUCCUAGUAAAUAGUGCCAAUCGUACGACUUGUUAAGCGAGUUGUCAGGUAUUAUUCAGAGAAGAUAAUAUUUUAUCACAAAAUUGCUAUCUAAAAAUAUUGAACGCAAUAUAUAUUUAAUACACAUAAGCUUUAAAAUGCUAAAAUAUUGUUUAUCAAUGAUGUAUUUUUUAGCUUCAAAGACGAAUAAUUGAUAUUUUUAGAAUUACAUUAGAAUUAACGUAGAUGAAUGUUAAAUUAAUUAAUGAUAAAUUAAUUAUAUAACUUAGAAGACUGGAUUAGUCUGCAACUGUAAACAAUGAAUGAAAUGAAUUUAUUUACUAAAAUAAUUUUUAUACAUAUAUUUUCGAUUUUC